UUUCAUGAUGUCAUCAAUGUGCGGGUAAAUCUGAUGGAAGGAACUCAGCUGUCAAAAUGUGUACUUUACACGUGGGGAGCGAACAGUUCCGGGCAGCUGGGGCAGGGACACACGGAAGAUCAAGCCGAGCCGCGGCGUGCACACGGCGGACUGCAGGCAGAGCAGGUCCGCUGCAUAACCGGAGGAGGCGGGCAUUCGGCUGUCAUCACUGAGUCAGGUGACCUGCUGAUGUGUGGACACAACAACAAAGGUCAGUUAGGGCUCAGUCACACUUCAGAGGUCAUAACCUUUCAACCCUGCCCUUUGUCUGGGUGGGGAAGAGUUCAGCAGGUGUCCUGCGGUUGGGACUUCUCUAUUAUCCUGACAGGUGACGGUCAGGUCUUGGUGUGCGGCUCCAAUGCUUUUGGACAGCUGGGUGUCUCACCAAGGAUAUCACACUCAGCAGAACCUUUACAUGUGAAGACACUGAAUGAACCUGUGACUAGUGUCGCUGCUGGCCUCAGACAUGCUUUAGCAAGCACAGCUUCAGGUUGUGUUUAUCAGUGGGGGACGGGCCUGUCGAGUCACGCUAAGAGAAUGUUGAGUCCACAACCUGUUCCUGCUCAUCUGUCCUCUAAAGAGCCCUGCCUUGUCCCAGGGUUAGAUCAUGUGACCCCACAGAAGGUAGUUGCAGGCUCCACCCACUGCAUUUGUUUGACAGCGAAGGGUGACGUGUUCCUCUGGGGCAGCAAUAAACACGGUCAGCUGGUCAGCGAGAGUCUCUUCCUGACACUUCCUGUGGCGCUGGAUCGUUCUCUGCUGCGGGGCGAGAGAGUGACCACCGUUCACAGCGGCUGGACGCACCUCGUCACAAAAACAGAGAGUGGGCGGGUCUUCACAUGGGGCAGAUCCAAUUACGGACAGCUAGGACAGACCAAUCAGGAUACGGAAAAAAAAGAGCCUGACGAUUCAACCAGCUCUGGGAAAACUAUAAGCCGCCCCGUUGAGAUUAAAGCUUUAUUUGGAGCAACACAGAUCGCUUGCGGAUCUGAACACAACUUGGCUGUUGUGGGGGGUCGGAUAUUCUCCUGGGGCUGGAACGAACACGGAAUGUGUGGAGACGGUUCCCUUUGUGACAUCAGGCAACCACGGCCAGUCCCUGGUCUCGCAGACGCUACGGCUCUUCUGAUUGGCUGUGGAGCAGGACAUUCAAUGGCACUAUGCAGUUUGAAGAGCAACAAGGAUUCUGCAAGCUGAACAGGUUUCAGCGUUUGUCUCUCUCUCCGUUUGCUUUCGUUACGUUUUAAUGAAUUAUUCAGAAAGACAUGUUUGAGCCUUUAAAGGACAAAUUUAUGAUCAAAGUCUCAGAGAUGCAAAUACUACCUACGGAUGAUCACAUUAUGCUAAUGACAUCAGGAAAUAAACAGGCACAAGAACACUAGGCCCAAUCAUGCAAAUAUUCAUAGCUUAAAGGAGAGACCUUUGGUUUUGUUUUUAAAAUUAUAAUGACAUUCAUAUGGCUUUUUUUUCUCCAAUUAAAUACCCAUAAAAGUAAAUCUAUAUGCAAUCACUGAUGUAUUUCGGCGUGUAUAUGCUGUCCUAGUGCCUUCACAACCAUUCAGAAAGACUGAAAUUCAAUGAGGAGACAAAUUCAAUCAGACACUCAUUUUCGUCAUUUUUGUCAUUCACGCUUCCUUUGCUGUGAUCGACGGUCAAGGAUCAUUUCCUCUGACUUUUCACCCCAGGGACAGAGAAGACCUUUAAAUAACCUUCACCGUAAAUACACCGUAAAACCGAUUUACUGCUAAGAAAUGACCUGUCUGAAAACAAUCAAUCUCACAGAAUACCCAACGAUGGAGUAAUAAUCUACUAAAGACACUCAACAAAGCUUGAAAAACCCACACAACACACAAAAUCUGUUUUAGUGUUUUUUAUUAUCAUUGGGGUAUUUUUUCUUGUUUAGUUUUUUUCUCUCUUCAGAAAGACACAAAAUUGCCUUAACAAUGUCAACUCAAACCAUCAAUGAAAACACCACCUGGUUUUAAAUAUCUAUCCAUACUAUGCACUGCAGUGAGCUGAAAAACACAAGGAACGUCUCACAGCACAAACGUUUUUGCCUGGGAGUUUGCAAAACUAUUCAGUCCCAAUGACUGUACACAUCUUGAGUUUUAUUUAUAUGUAUAAUAUAUAUAUAUUUAUUACUCAUUGAUGUUUGUGCUCUGAUGUUGUCGGGUCUUUAAACAGUCCAGCAUAUUGUAAGGAAACGACCCAAUGUUGACAUUCCUGUGAUGCAACUGGCAGUGCGCUAGUUUGGUCCCAAAGAACUGGGUUUACUUCACAUUUUCACAACAAUGAAAAAUAAACGUUGAAAAAAUAAACAUAACAGUAUCGGUUCCUUUCAUAUUUUCCAUCAUAAACCCUGUAUGUUCUUGUUCUCUAUAAAGAGUCGUGUUGUUAUACAGUGCAGGAUUGUCUCUUGUGAUGGUUUUUAUGAAAACCGCUAUAAUAAUGUGUCUUCCAAAAUUGCUUGUAUAUUCACAUUGAAUUUUCAAAUGCAAACUAAGCGUUUAUUAAACAUAUUCCUCACAAAACUCAAUGAUGGUG